AUGCGGGGACCUGUCGUGUUGAUACUAAUGCUUUGCUGGGCGUCGAUUGUGAUGUGGACAACUCGAAAGUACUUCCCGCAUUUGACUAAUGGAGGAAAUGUGUUGGUCCAAAAAUCCUUUAUGGACCUCUCUUCCCAGCAAUACGACAUCAAAAGUGUCAAUAUUGAUAAUGAGAGUAAGUUAAGAAAAGUGAAAAUUGAAACAAAUAUCGCCAGAAAAAGGUUUGAUGAUAAAACAAAGCAACAUGGACCAAGCGGAAGCAAAGCGAAAACACAACGCAAACCAUUUUCCGAAAUAAUUAAGUCUUCCGGAAUUUCUUUAUACAAAGAUAUAGAUCCGAGCCGUUUUCACAUCAACGUCACAAGAACUCACGAGACUUCGGUAAGACGGAAGGUGCCGGAUACCCGCCCCAACGAGUGCGCUUCUGUAAAAUAUGACAUGAAGCUACUUCCGGUGGCGUCGAUUGUGAUACCGCUCCAUAACGAGCCUUGGUCCACGUUCGAGAGACUUAUAAAUAGCGUCCUGACGCAUUCGCCUCGACUACUAUUACACGAAAUCAUUAUUAUAGACGAUAUGAGUGAUUUGGAUUACUUAGGAUCCGCUCUGGAUGAAUAUGUAGAACAGUUUGAUCUCAUGCGAAUAUACAGAACACAAGAAAGGCUCGGUACCAUGAAAACAAGAGUUGUGGGAACUAAGCUAGCAAAAGGUGACGUGGUUGUCUUCCUCGAUUCCCACACUGAGGUCAAUGUCGGAUGGCUUGAACCCUUAUUGUACGAAAUAAGCAAAAACAGCACAGCAAUCGUACAGCCGUCUAUCGACAUCAUUGAUCCACAAACAUUCCAAUACAGGCAGUACUUUCGAAAUAACAUCAGGGGACACUUUAAAUGGAGCAUGGCGUAUGAGUUCGUCCCGAUACCACCAACACAACUGAAGGAAAUCUGGGAACAACCUACGAAAGCAUUUGACACUCCUGCUAUCGUCGGCUGUGCGUUUGCGGUAAACCGGAAAUACUUUCUUGGUGUUGGAGGACUAGAUACGGGUAUGCGCACAUGGGGCGGUGAGGAUGUAGAACUAUCCAUUAGAGUUUGGCUUUGUGGUGGAAGUAUGAAAAUAGCACCAUGUUCUCACGUUGCUCAUAUUUUCAAAAAAGGACACCCAUUCAAAAUGGAGUAUUCCGAUCUUGUUUACAACAAUAGACGGACGGCGGAGAUGUGGCUUGGUGACUAUAGAAAGUACUUUUAUUACUUUAAUAAUGGGUACGCCAAACCUCCAAAGUCAUCAGAGAAAUUCGAUAUAAUGGAUACAGUAAAACAGAAGUUUAAAUGUAAAAAGUUCGACUGGCUUCUCAGAAACGUUUUCCCGGAGCUAGAUGUUCCACCGGAAGGAACUCAAUAUUUUGGACACAUGCGCAAUGUUGGUUCCGGAUUUUGUUUUGGCCCGGCGGACAAGGCCAUUCUGAAAUCCUAUUCGUUACUGGUUUUGUUCGACUGUUUCUUUUACUAUCAAGCUCAGCAUUUUGCAUUGCUUGAGAACGGUCGUUUGAUGGUGCGUAGACAAUGUGUAAAAGUUGAAUCAGACUUCUUAGUCGUGGCACCUUGCACUGAUGAGAUUGGUAAGUGGAACUUGAAAGGGAAGCUACUCGUGUACACAGACGGAUCUGGUUCUAAAUGUGCCAUGCAGACGUCCAAGGAUGUCAACUCCGAAAAUUUACAGGUCAUUCGGCUCGUGUCAUGUGAGAACACCAACACAACAGCGCAGUGGGAGUUUCCAGAUAAACUCUUUAAAAGUCAGAGUACUGAACAUUGA